UUUCUGUAGAUCACGGAUGGAGUCGGGUCUGAAACCAUAAUAAACAAAAUAAAAAAAAUGGAAAAGAAAGUAAAAAAUCACAGUCGGAAAGGGAAAAAAACAGCAAUUUUACGCAUAACGAGAUUCUUCCAUCUAAUGUCUCCUGUACAUAAUGAUGCGGAAAACAGACAAACAGAAGUCGGCUGCUAUUUCUCUUUGCUUCCUCUCUACUCUAUUUUGCUUCUCCUACUCUACUUUUUCCGCUCUUCUGCUUACUUAAUAAAGAGAAUCAAUUGAAUAAAAACACUUAUUCAAAGAGUGUUUUUGGUACUGUUUUUGAGCAAAAAUUGAUGGCCGAAGAAUGCUGCUCCACCCAGUUGAUUGACGGAAAUGGCGUUUUCAAUGUGGUUGGUCUUGACAACUUCGUUAGGACUACUAAACUCUCCGAUUGUGGUCUUUCCUAUGCAGUUGUUUCAAUCAUGGGUCCACAAAGUAGCGGUAAGAGCACCCUGUUGAAUCAUCUUUUCUAUACAAAUUUCAGAGAGAUGAAUGCGUACACAGGAAGGAGUCAAACAACCAAGGGAAUUUGGAUUGCGAGGUAUGCUGGAAUUGAACCUUUCACAAUUGCAAUGGAUUUGGAAGGAACUGAUGGGAGGGAAAGGGGCGAGGAUGACACUGCAUUUGAGAAACAAAGUGCCCUCUUCGCUUUGGCAAUUGCUGACAUUGUGCUGAUAAACAUGUGGUGCCAUGACAUUGGUCGGGAACAGGCUGCCAACAAACCUCUUUUAAAAACAGUUUUUCAGGUCAUGAUGCGUUUGUUCAGCCCACGCAAAACGACACUACUUUUUGUUAUACGUGAUAAAACGAAGACACCACUUGAAUAUUUGGAGCCUGUUCUAAGGGAAGAUAUCCAGAAGAUAUGGCAUACUGUUGCUAAACCCGAAGCUCAUAAGUACACUCCUCUCAGUGACUUUUUCAAUGUAGAGGUCAUUGCACUGCCUAGCUAUGAAGAAAAGGAGGAGCAGUUUAAAGAACAGGUUGCUCAACUGAGGCAGCGAUUCUUCCAUUCUAUUUCUCCAGGAGGACUUGCUGGUGAUAGGCGUGGGGUUGUCCCUGCUUCAGGAUUUUCUUUUAGUGCUCAGCAGAUAUGGAAAAUUAUAAAAGAGAAUAAGGAUUUGGAUCUUCCUGCUCACAAGGUGAUGGUUGCCACCGUUCGUUGUGAAGAGAUUGCCAAUGAGAAGCUUAAUUGCUUGAUCUCUGAUGAGGAUUGGUUGGCAUUGGUGGAAGCAGUACAAGCUGGUACAGUGCCAGGGUUCGGGAAAAAGCUGAGCACUAUCUUGGAAACCUAUCUAUCCGAAUAUGACAUGGAGGCAAUUUAUUUUGAUGAAGGUGUAAGAAAUGCAAAACGGAAACAGUUGGAAACAAAAGCGUUGGAGCUGGUACACCCUGCUUAUAUUUCGAUUUUGGGACAUUUACGUUCUAAAACACUUGAAAAUUUCAAGACUAGUCUGGAACAAUCCCUGAAAUCUGGAGAAGGAUUUGCUGCUUCUGUUCGUACUUGUGGUCAGUCUUGCAUGCUUGAGUUUGAAAGAGGAUAUGCAGAUGCUGCCGUUAGACAGGCUGAUUGGGAUACUUCAAAGGUCCGUGAGAAACUUCGUCGUGAUAUUGAGGCACAUGCAUCAUCUGAAUGCAGUUCGAAGUUGUCAGAAAUGAUAAACAAAUAUGAGAAACAACUUGCGGAGGCACUAACUGAACCUGUAGAAUCUCUAUUUGAAGCUGGUGGAAAAGACACAUGGGCUUCAAUAAGAAUGCUACUGCAACAACAGACGGAGGUUGCUGUAUCAGAAUUUGCAACUGCUGUUGCUAGUUUUGAGUUGGAUAAAGUUAAAAUUGAUGCAAUGGUGCAAACUUUGAGAGAUUAUGCUAGAAAUGUGGUGGAGAAAAAAGCAAGAGAAGAAGCAGGGAAGGUUCUGAUACGCAUGAAGGAUAGGUUCUCAACAGUUUUCAGUCAUGACAACGAUUCUAUGCCAAGGGUUUGGACUGGAAAAGAAGAUAUAAGAACAAUUACAAAGGAUGCGCGCUCUGCGUCUUUGAAACUAUUAUCAGUCAUGACAGCCAUUCGCUUGGAUGAGAAGCCAGAUAAAAUUGAGAAUGUACUUUUUUCUUCUCUCAUGGAUGGAACUGUUGCUGUUUUAUAUUCGCGUGAUAGAAUCAUAGGAGGUAUUUCUGACCCCCUUGCUUCAAGCACAUGGGAAGAGGUUUCUCCAAAAGAUACUCUAAUUACACCAGUUCAGUGCAAGUCAUUAUGGAGGCAAUUCAAAGCAGAAACUGAGUAUACCAUAACUCAAGCAAUUUCAGCACAGGAGGCGCAUAGGCGCAGCAACAACUGGUUACCUCCACCAUGGGCAAUUGUAGCAAUGAUUGUCCUCGGUUUUAAUGAAUUCAUGCUUUUGCUAAAGAAUCCACUAUACCUCGUGAUUUUGUUUGUUGCAUUUUUACUUUCAAAAGCCUUAUGGGUACAGAUGGACAUUGCUGGAGAAUUUCAAAAUGGCACUUUGGCUGGGAUACUCUCCAUUUCAUCAAGGUUUCUUCCUACCCUUGUGAAUCUUCUGAGACGACUUGCUGAAGAGGCUCAAGGGCAUCCUUCUUCUGGAGCACCAACGGCACAAUCACUGGCUUCUCAGAGUUAGAGGAAUCAAACUCGCCCAAAUCCAAUAUCAGCCACAGUACCUGAGUCUUCUGUAUCAUCUAACAUUUCAUCGACCGAUGAUGGUGUUGAAUACUCAAGUCCAAAUUUGAUGCACAGGCGAAGUGCAAGAGUUCCAGAGGCUGCCGAAUUUUCUUGACGGAAUUGGAACUUGUUUGUAAAAUUUGUAUCAAAGUAGAUAAUGCUUGUGGAAGUGGAAGUGGAAGGUUAGUGAGGAAAAGCAAGCGGGUUAGUCCACACAUAUGGAGCUUUACAGGUUUAGAAGUCUGUGGGAGGUCUCUGAACUUCCGAUAUAUGUAACAAUUUGAUAAAUAUCUAUCACUUUAUUCCCAUCUAUUAACAUGCAUUCGAAAAGAGAUUUGCAAUUGAA